UUUCAAAUUUCGAUUUUAAUCGAGCUUAAUCGAUACCACCGAGCUGCCACCUUCGUGUGUCCUUGCCAGAUCGUCGCAAGCGGAAGCCCAGCUGUCAGCGUUGCUGCACACAAACAAAAACCAGCUGAUGCGCUUCAUUUCCCCGAAUCAGAGUUUUUAAUGAAAUUGUAGUGAAAAAACCUGGAAAAUCAGACAAAAACAAAGUAUUUACAACUAAAACAAGCUAAACGAAUGAUGCACCAUUAGUUGCACACCCGCAGACACCCGUGCAGACACAGUAAAAGAUAAAACCGGGAGAGAUAAGCGGUCCCAAGGUGCCAAACAUGCUGUCCUACAUCAAGCGUAAGCUCUCCGAAUCGGACGGGGGCGGCGUCAGUGCGAGCACAACCGUGACGUCGUCGUCGUGCGGCGGUACAAGUGGCAGCGGGAGCGGCAGCACCAGCAGAGGCAGUAUCAGCAGCAGCGGCGGACGCGGAAACUCGGCCGACGAGUUAGUGCGCAAAACGAGCCAGAUGUCGAUGGAUGAUGAGGCGAUUGCCUUUGGAGAGGAUGCGCUGCUCCACGAGCUGGGCUACAGGAAUGCCACGGAUCUGCAAGAGACCAUAUAUGAUCUGUUGCGAGGCAUACGCGAUCCGGAGAAGCCAUGCACGCUGGAGGAUCUGAAUGUGAUCUACGAGGAGGGGAUCUUUGUGAUGCCUCCCACGCGCUCGAAUGUCUCUGUGGUGCGCAUCGAAUUCAACCCCACAGUGCCCCAUUGCUCCCUGGCCACUUUGAUUGGACUCUGCAUACGCGUUAAAGUGGAACGGGGUCUGCCGCACAACAUCAAACUGGAUAUAUACAUCAAGAAGGGAGCCCAUCAAACGGAGGAAGAAAUCAACAAGCAAAUCAAUGACAAGGAACGCAUUGCUGCGGCCAUGGAGAAUCCCAAUCUGCGGGAAUUGGUUGAGAACUGCAUCAAGGAUGAGGAGUAGUUGUCCCUCGGUCUUGUUUUUUGUGUGUAUAUAGGGAUUUUUAAGGAAUGUCUAGGGUUAAGUCUAACAUUAAGUUGCCUAAUGGACUGUGUGCAUAGCAUUAAAGCCCUUCAAAUCUGUUAAUCGCCCGGUGCUUGCUGCGGCGUGAUUCUA